AACCUACGCCUUUUCUUCUUCAAAUUCUGACCGUUUUGUCCCUACCGCCUUUUUUCCCAACGCUCCUGCUUCUCCUCUUCUUCCUCUCUCUCCUCCAACUAUGACGACCCAUUAACCAUUCCUUAGAGAACCCAAGAAGAAAAUCAACCGAUAGUGAGACAAAGGUCGAGAGGAAAAGCGGUUUGAUUUUUCUAAUGGGCUGCUUUCUUGCGUGCUUUGGUUCCUCCAAAGAUCGCAAACGCCGUAAACAGCGGCACAAGGUUCAACCUAGGGAGCAGAGGAAUGCAGGUUACAAUCCAGUGCAAUCAGCCGUUUCUUUGGUACAUAGCAACCCAGAAAAACCCACCAACCCAGUUUCGGAAAUCCGGGAUAAUCCUGAGAAGCAAUUGACCUUGGGUGCUCGUAAGAAAGUAACAUUCGAUUCGAGUGUGACAACCUAUGAGCAUGUUUCAGUUGAAGAAUCCAUAGAGUUUUCUGCAGAGAAUGAAGAUGGCAGCAAAAGGGAGGAGGAGGAGGAGAAUUUUGCAAAAUCAAGUCAAUCUCAGUCCUAUUCUGAAGAUGGUUCGAUCACUUCGAGCUCGGGAUCUUAUCCUUCCAAUCAUAGAUACCUGAAUUGUAGAGACAGUGAUGAUGAAUUAGACUAUGGAGAAAGUGAAAUAGAGGAUGAUGAUGAGGAGGAUGAAGAUGAUGGGGUGCUAGAUUAUAAUGAUAUUUAUGAGGAUGAUGGAAUUUUAGAAUCCAGGUCUAAAGUAUCUUUGCCUAAAGGGACACCACCACCAUUUACUGAGGAGAUUGAAAGUCCUGCAGUGGUAAGUGGUUUGCCAGAGAGGGAACUGAAGCCAAAUCCGAAUGUUCGAGACAGGAGUGCUUAUGUGCAUUCUGUGCUGAACCCAGUUGAAAAUCUCACUCAAUGGAAGGCUGUGAAAGCAAAAGGGACACCACCAUUGAAGCAGCAGAAAGAGAAUUUCACUCUGGGUCAAGAACCCAGAAUUUCGUUUAGCUCUGAGCCCAGUUUCAGGGAAUUGCAAUUCUGUUUCAACAUGAAAUCUGAUCAAUCUAAGAAAUCAAACCAGGAAAUAGCAGUGGAUGCAAGCUUGUCUAACUGGUUGGGUUCAUCAGAGAACACGACAAUCAACAAGCCUAGCACAAUUGAUUUAGGUACCAUUACACCUGAGAAAAGCAUGUCACUGGGAUCAAAUUCCCCAAGAAGCUUUGAAGAUAGACCUAUUUUAGGUGCACUAACCGUGGAAGAGCUUAAGCAGAUUUCGCUUUCUUCUUCACCAAGGAGAUCACCUAGCCAUAGUCCUGAUGAGAUGGCUAUCAUUGGGACUGUUGGAACCUAUUGGAAUCACAGUGGCUCUGGCAACGAUUCUGGUUCAGUUUCUUCUUUCAAAGGAAUACCCAACACAACCAGCAAGUAUAGAGAGGACAAGAGAGUGAAUUGGCACUCUACUCCAUUUGAGACCAGGCUGGAGAGAGCUUUGAAUGGAGGAGCUGCUGCUGAAGCCUACCAUACUCACACUUUUAAUGUUCACUAAACUAUCUUGGGAGGUGUUGUUUGUGUGUCUUUUCAUCUCAAUCUUGUUGUUUUUGCUUGUGAAUUCAUGGAUAUCUGUGAUAUACGCACUUGCUGUUGUUGUAAUUCUUUCAUUGCUUUUAUUGAAGAUUGAUUGUCAA